UUCCCAACCAUAGUCGUAGUUCUACUCAUUUCAUUGGCCGUUAAAUUACACGGUCAACAUACAGCGGCGAACCACAGAAUGGAUGGUGAAUGACUAAGGGAGGAGGAGGGGAUGUGAAGCAGUUAACGAACACUAUGCGUAUCAAAAAGUUGUAGACAUACCUAUUCAUUUUUCAUGUAUUUAGUAUAUUUUGCUUGAAGCACGGAAUAAUCUUUUCUCUGGUUGAAAACUGAACGAAUUUCUGCCCAUUGUUAUGGUACUCGUGACUAUAAAGUACCUAUAAAUCUCGAAAUCGAAAUCUGAUCACGAUGGGCUGUCGUUCGUCCACAGUUUACUACACCGCAACGGCGCAACUCAACUACAAGUUAUAUUGUUAUAAUUAACCAGACAUUUGUUCAGCACUUCAAAAAAUUAUGGUUUUUAUUGUUGGUAAGUUAAGUUGACACUAUUUACAAGUAUGGAUGAGCCAAUCGAUACUGAAAAUACAACUUUAUUAAGAGAUUUCAAUGAAACUCAAUCUAAUCAUGAGUGGUCUCCUUUUGUAUGUGAGGGACCUUCACAUUUGCCUACUUUCAAGGUUUCAUUAUAUUUAAACAAUCUUCGGUUUGAUGGAUGUGGGUGUUCAAAAAAAAAAGCUAAAAUAGAUGCAAUAAAGAACUUCAAUUUAUACUCUUUAAAUCAUGGUACUAGUUCUAAGGCUAAUCAUACUGUAGAAAGUGAUAUACAAGUUAGGAAAAGAAAAUGUACUGAAGAUAUGAUAGAAAACUCACUAUCAAAAAAACUUGCAAUAGAACAUCAAGUGGCUGAACAUCAAACAUCAGCAAUAUGCAUCUUACAUGAAAUAUUUCCAGGACAAACCUUGAUAUACGAACACGAGCAGUCCCAUGGCAUAUUAGAAACAAUUAGUGUCAUUGUUUCUGGUAAUAAGUACAUAGGUUAUGGGAAAAGUAAAAAAGAAGCAAAAGAAAUUGCAUGUCGUAAUGCUUUAAAAUCCUUGUAUGAUGUGCAGCCAAUAGAUAAUAAGUUCAAAACUCAAAUAGAAAUGUUGCGUACUGAUUAUAAUGAUGCUAAAAUUAUUGAUCAUUUUGCUAGAAUUACAGAUAUAGUAUACCAAAAAUUAGAAUUUGAUCAAAUAAAAUUUAAAGAAUACUCAGUCAUUGCAAGUAUUAUUAAAAUGACCAAAGAUGAUUUGAGGUCAGCAGAAGUAAUUUGUUUAGCUACUGGUACAAAAUGUUUAUCUGGUAACUAUUUGAGCCUAAGUGGUGAAUCUUUACAUGAUUGCCAUGCAGAAAUAUUAACCCGCAGAUGCCUAUUGAAAUUCUUUUAUAAAGAACUCAUGGAAUCAGUGAAGGGCCUUCCUUCUAUAUUUAUCUCAGAUGAUAAAAAAUGUAAGUUCAAAUUAGUAGAAGAUAUAGCAUUUCACUUGUACAUAAACACGGCUCCGUGUGGUGAAGCUAGAGUGUUCAGUUUCUGUGAUACAGAACAACAGUCUAAUCGUUUAAACCGUGGUUUAUUACGAUCAAAAAUCGAAAAUGGUGCAGGCACUGUAUCUGUAUUUGGUAGAGAAGUUCAGACAUACGAUGGUGUUGCUCAGGGUGAACGCCUUGUUACUAUGUCAUGUUCAGACAAACUAACACGAUGGAAUGUACUUGGACUUCAAGGCAAUUUAUUAUCAAAUUUUGUUGAACCCAUCUAUUUAGAAUCAAUAUCGAUCGGAAGUAUGUUCAACAUAAAUCAUAUGAAGCGGACAAUUUAUGGUCGUAUUGAAAACAGCAUUGAUAAAUUACCACAAAAUUAUAAACUGCAGAAACCUCAACUUCGUGGUUACGGUAUACUUCCUCGUAGAUCUGUUACACUAUCACCUCACUGUGUAAAUUGGAUUAUAAAUGAAGAAAUUGAAAUUAUUAAAGGAAGUAUGGGUAGAACAGUUGAAAAUAAGUUGUCUAGAGUAUGUAAAACCUCAUUGGCCAAAGAAUAUAUUAAACUGUGUAAUGCUACAAAUAAUUUAUCAACUCUUAUUGAUAAUGAAACAAAUAUAUUUUAUGAUUCAUUGAAAAAUAAAAAUAAGAAUUAUGUAACUGCUAAAAAUGAAUUAUUAUCAACAUUUAAGUCAUUAAAACUUGGGACUUGGGUACAUAAGCCUGAAGAACUUAAAAGUUUUGAAUUAAAUGUUGGUAAUGCAAUAAAUAAAAUUGAUAUAAUAACAUAAUAAUAUGCAUUGAAUAUUUUUACUAAGAAUAAUUUACUUUAGAUCAAUUUUUAUAUAAAAAAUUAUUAAGAGAAAAAUAAAAAAUCCACUCAACUUUCUUUAUAUUUACAUUUUAUAAAUAGUUUCUAUCAAACGGUUAUUAUCAUUUAUAUUUAAGACUGAACCAUUUUUAAUUUAUUACUGAAAAUAUUGAUUUUCUCUUUGACUGUUCUUUAGAGUAAAUAUUUGAUUUUUCAAAAAUGUAAAACCUCACUUCUACUAAUAGUAUUUGAUAUCUCUCUCUUAAUAAUAAUGUAUGAUUGUUUAAUUUAUUAACCUCUUUUAUAACAUAAUAUGAGGUCAGAUGUGUGUACAAAAAAUAAACAUACAAAAUGUAUUGUAAAUUAUGUACCUAUUUAAGUUACAGAAUAUUUAAGACAGGCUUACCACUAUUAAAAGCACCUUUGUAUUAAAUUAUUUGUAUGCAUAUAAUAUUUAAAUAAUUUUAAAAAUAAAUACAUAUUAUGUAAUGCUUACAAUGUGUAAUAGUUAAAGAAUUAUUAUUUUUUUUUUUCUAUUAAAUUAUUAAUUUUAAAUACAAUUUGUAUUAUGAUUUUGAAGUUAAAAAUUAAAAUUAGUAUUUCUAUGCA